AUGGCUACUUAUGAAUCAUACAGACACAUUGAAUUGGACAAUAUAGGAUGUGGAAAAAAAAAAGUCUUGAAACCAUCAGGUGGUGGAAGUAGUGACAUAUUUGGAAUGACAUCAUGUGAUGAAGUUAAUACACAUAAACGUGGUACAAAUCAGAAGAAUCUCCAAAGCUCUAUAAUUUUGGGUGGUCAAACACCAAAACAUAGUAAUGGUACAGUUGCAGCCAACGGAAACUCUGAUAAACCUGAUGGUAAUCCAGUGACUGGGGAAGGCUAUGAAGCUCCUAAGGUAACAGCUACACCAGCUCAGCAUGUUUCUGCUCAAUCAGAAUCAGCUCCAGAACAAAAGAAGGCAAACCGUGUGCCACCAGGUGGAUACAGUUCCAGGUUAUGGUAA